AUGUUUUCUCUUCUUACACCGAGUGAUGCUGUAUCGGUAAAAGAAGGAUCGUCUGGAGAAAACGAAAACCAAAUUUCUCAUCUUGAUGAUGGGGGCUGGACUCUCGUAACUCGUCGCAAGGGCCGGAAAAUAGCUUCAUGUUGUACUGUUGACGAGAAGGAAGCGAAAAACGUGCCUUCGUCAUGUCCAUCAUCAGAAGACUCUGCAAAGUCAUCUCCUGAAGUCGUAGAUGCGUGCAUGGCCAAAAUCACAUUCACCAAUGAUGACCUUCUACUCAGUGACACACCUCAUAAUCGCCCUUUAUUAAUGAUUGGGUUUGCACGUGAGCAAAAGGUGAAUAGAAUUCUAAUCGAUGAUGGAUCUGGAGUUAACAUCCUUCCUAUUCACACAAUGAAGGAGCUUGGAAUCGCAAUGGAGGAUCUUUCCAUAAUUCGUUUGAUGAUCCAAGGAUUCAACCAAGGGGGACCAAGAGCCAUAGGAGCUGUCAAAGUAGACAUCACCAUCGGCGAGUUGCAAUCCAUCACGUGGUUGCAUGUGAUCGAUGCAAGGACUUCGUAUAACAUCUUGCUCGGUAGGCCUUGGGUACAUGAGAACAAGAUGAUCCCCUCAACCUACCACUAG